UGAUAUGAGAGUUUUAGUAUGAAUAUUCUUAUAUCAUGUUCAUAGCCCAUGUCCAUAUGAUGCUUCGUAGAUCCUAUCUGAUCGAUGUCACUUCUACACUUGUAUACCAGGUAUUCAAUUUCAGCACUGGGAGAAUUAUUAAUAAAGCAGUCUUUGACGGUGAGGUUACCUCUAUGGACCAUGAUCACACCGGUCAGCUCAUCUUCUGUGGGGAUUCACAGGGGUGUAUCUACUCAGUUAGUAUGAACUCUCAUACAGGAGUAUUAUCUCGUUCGCAUCGCCAUCGAAGUAGCAGCAGACGCAAAUCUCCAGUCACAACUGUGCAGUACAGAAGUUUCUCCCUGCUUGCUCGUGGACCUGUGCUGCUGGCAUGUACUCAAGAUGGAGGUUUGUCUUUCUUCAGUGUUGCUUUGGAAAUACAAGGUUAUUUGACUCUUCGUUGCUCGCUGAAGUUAACUCCACGAAUACAUAGCAUUCGAGCUUCCUUCUGUCCUCUGCUUUCCCUUGAAAAAGGAGAAUACAUAGUUGCUGGAAGUGAGGAUUCGAAUGUCUACUUCUAUGAUUUAACUAGGCCCCGGCAUACAUGUGUAAACAAGCUGCAGGGUCAUCGUUUUCCAGUUAUCGGUGUCGCUUGGAACCACGGUGAGAACUUGUUGGCAUCAUCUGAUUUCUAUGGAAUAGUAAUUGUAUGGAAGAGAUCAAAGACAAGGUAAAAUAAACAUACAACAUUAUACAAGAAAUUUCCAACACAUACUCAAAAGGCUGGAGCAGGACGUCAUUUUUUUUUUUUUGUUUUUUAUUAAUUUUGCUGCUCGUUUGUGAAAAUUGUUUUGUAAAUUGUAUAAUUCAGAUCGGGAAACUGAGUGACAUUGUGAGUGCCAUUUGAAUCAACGUUGUAGUCUUCAACUUUCCUGUUGAAUAUAAUUUGAUAGUACAAAAUUUUUAAA